AUGUCUACCUACAUCAUGUCCAGCGCCAUGUCCAGCGCCAUGUCCAACAAGUUCUCGAAUACCGAGACCAACAGCGAAGGACAGACUUCAACUCUUUUACAUGGCUUGGACUUGACCCAGCUUAACAAUUCCUCUUAUGCCGAUGCCAUGAGCAGCGCGAUGAUAUCUCGUGCACGGUCAACUCUGGCUCCGGAUGCCAUCUCCAGGCUCACGCUCACGCCCGACUACCUGUCUACCGGCGCCCCAAGACUGGUGCCAGUAUGGAGGAGGUGCUGCCAGUGCACCAAUUUGGCCAAUCCAAUUCUGGCGCCGGAGAAGUGCUCUAUUUGCUCUCAUUCCGAGUGUCCCUCUUGCACCACAGAGAAUGUUCCCGCAUAG